GCACGACCACGUGACGCUCCCUCUGCCGAGUCUCGCGGAGGGCAUCAGACUGCACCUUUUCCUCCUCAAGAGAGCGGAGAGAGAGAGAGAGAGGAGGGAGAGAGACAUUAAUUCAGACAGAGAGAGAGAGAGAGGGAAGGAGAGCUAGAGAGAGAGAGAGAGAGGGAGAGAGAGAGCGAGAGGGGGAGACCAAUAGCACCUUGUCGCCUGGAGGCGAGCCUGUGAUAAUUUUGUCCCUGUCCGGUAGACCGGCUCCAUCUACCACCCGGUGAGCGGGUGCUCUCUCUCCUCUCUCACGGUUUUGAGCUUCUCCUCAAAUGGGAAGGGAAAUCGAUGAGCCGCGCGCCGCACUGUUGCCACGGAACCACAGGAUGUGCGUGAGGUCGCUGGAGAGAGUGAUGACGUGGCAGUGAGAGACACGCAUACCUCACUCACACGUACACACACACACACAUACAUACACACAUAUAUAUAUUUGCCCACACACACACACUUUAAGUCUUGCCCUAGUAAAACAGGGGGAAGAGGUGGGGAGAAAAUUCUGCUAUGACGGUGUCAUUUCUCUCCGUUACCAAUGUGUGAGCCACACACCGACGCACACACACUCAUACUCCGUGGGGAGUUGCCUUCAUGGGGGAUAAGGCCCUAUCUAGGGCACAAAGAUGGAGUUCACAUCCUAUCCGUCACGUAUCUAACGCUGACAAAGAUGCGCACACAAACACACACACCUGGAAACUUGUAUGUCACAAGUGACGAAUGAAAGACUGAAUGGAGAGAAGACGUUGAACGUCACACAGAGAAGACACAAACACCAGGCCAAGAGCAAAAGAAGAAGAUCCACCAAGCGUGCUGAAGGGACGUCAGGAGCUACUGUUUGAACCUCGCUGGAGCUGUAUCGUGUCGGAGCCUCACCUUGUUAAGAGCUCUACCAAGAAGCUGCACCUGAGACGGAGAGAAGGUGUUCUACAGUAGCCACCAUGAGCUGUAGGCUAGAGGGAACACCCCAGCUCUAGCCUCUCUCUCUUCUUUUGUGUGUGUGUGUGUGUGUGUGAGAGCGAGUGUGUAUGAGUGUGAUGGCGGUGUGUGUUUGGGCGGCAGCCCCCCUGCUCUUCUUGGGGCUGUGCCUGUGCAGCGUGGGGGGCCAGGCCCAAGGGGAGGUGCUGGAAUUCGGAGGUGUGUCCAGCCAGUGGGGGCGGUUUCCAGUGUGGAACGCCUGCUGCGAGAGUGUGCUGAGCUUCAGCCUGCGGACUCACAGCCAGGAGGGCCUGCUGCUCUACCUGGAUGAUGAGGGCUUCUGCGACUUCCUGGAGCUGCUGCUUCUCCACGGCCACCUCCGCCUGCGCUUCUCCAUCUUCUGUGCUGAGCCGGCCGAGCUACAGUCAGGCGUGGCGGUCAGUGACGGGCACUGGCACGCAGUGCGUGUCAAGAGGGACUGGAGGAACACCUCGCUGGAGGUGGACGGGCGACUGGAAGGAUGGGCGGAAGUGAAGAGCAAGAGAAGAGACAUGACAGUAUUCAGCCACACCUUCAUGGGCGGGGUGACGCCAGAUCUACACUCCUCGCCAUUGCGCCUCACAUCCCCUUCGGUACGGGAACACCCAGCCUUCCAUGGCUGGAUCACGGCGGUUAGCAUCAAUGGCUCGUUGGUGAUGCUGGACAGCUCAGAGGGCGUCACGGUAACAGCUGGCUGUGGGCCGGAUCACCAGUGCCAGAACGGAGGGGUGUGCAGCGUGGUCAACGACCAGGCCGUCUGCGACUGCUCCGACACCGGUUACCAAGGCAACGACUGCAGCGAAGAGCACAGCUACACUCCAGGUCUGGCACACCUGAUGAUUGGCGACCAAGCUCGUGAGGAGUACGUUGCCACCUUCAAGGGCUCUGAGUACUUCUGCUAUGACCUAUCGCCCAACCCCAUCCAGUCUAGCAGCGAUGAAAUCACGCUCUCCUUCAAGACGCUGCAGCGCAACGGCCUGAUGCUGCACACUGGCAAGUCAGCCGACUACGUCAACCUGGCACUGAAGAACGGUGCCGUAUCGCUUGUCAUCAAUCUCGGCUCCGGGGCCUUCGAGGCCUUGGUGGAGCCCGUCAACGGCAAGUUCAACGACAACGCCUGGCACGACGUCAAGGUCACCCGCAACCUGAGACAGCACUCAGGCAUUGGACACGCUAUGGUGACGAUCUCCGUGGACGGCAUCCUGACCACCACGGGCUACACCCAGGAGGACUACACCAUGCUGGGCUCAGACGACUUCUUCUACGUGGGAGGGAGCCCAAGCACAGCUGAUCUGCCCGGCUCUCCAGUCAGCAAUAACUUCAUGGGAUGUCUUAAAGAGGUUGUGUACAAGAACAAUGACGUACGAUUGGAGCUGUCUAGACUGGCUAAACAGGGAGACCCAAAGAUGAAGGUAAGCGGGGUGGUGUCCUUCAAGUGUGAGAGUGUGGCCACGUUGGACCCCGUAACCUUUGACACCCCGGAGUCUUUUGUGGCGUUGAGCAAAUGGACAGCGAAGAAGGCGGGAUCGAUCUCAUUCGACUUCAGGACCACAGAGCCGAACGGGUUGAUGCUUUUCAGCCAUGGCAAACCCCGACAGCAGCAACGCAAGGACCCACGCACACCUCCGACAAUCAAGGUGGAUUUCUUCGCCAUUGAGAUGCUGGACGGGCACCUUUACUUGCUGCUGGACAUGGGCUCAGGAACCACCAAGACCAAGGCCAUCGACAGAAAGGUCAAUGACGGGGAAUGGUAUCAUGUGGACUUCCAGAGGGACGGACGCUCAGGAACCAUUUCGGUGAACAGUGUGAGGACAGCGUACACAGCUCCGGGAGACAGUGAGAUCCUGGACCUGGAUGACACUUUGUACCUCGGAGGACUACCUGAGGAUCGCGCUGGACUCAUCUUCCCUACAGAGGUGUGGACGGCUCUGUUGAACUACGGUUAUGUGGGUUGCAUCAGAGACCUGUUUGUGGACGGGCAGAGCAAAGACAUCCGACGGCUGGCAGAGGCCCAGAGAGCGGUGGGUGUGAAGCCCUCAUGCUCUAGAGAGCCACCCAAACAGUGUCUGUCCAACCCCUGCCAGCACAACGGCAUCUGCAGGGAGGGCUGGAACCGCUACGUUUGCGACUGCUCAGGGACAGGAUACCUGGGACGCUCCUGUGAGAGAGAUGCGACUAUCCUGUCGUACGACGGCAGCAAGUUUAUGAAGGUGCAGCUGCCUGUGGCGAUGCACACCGAGGCGGAGGACGUCUCGCUACGCUUUCGCUCCCAGCGGGCCUAUGGCGUUCUCAUGGCAACCACAUCCCGUAACUCCGCAGACACCCUUCGUCUGGAGCUGGAUGGGGGCCGUGUCCGACUCACUGUCAACCUAGACUGUAUCAGGAUAAACUGUACAACCAGUAAAGGCCCAGAGACCAUCUUUGCGGGGUCGGGCCUCAAUGAUAAUGAGUGGCACACAGUGAGGGUAGUCCGGCGUGGCAAGAGCCUCAAACUCACCGUUGACGACCUGCAGCCUGUUGAAGGUCAGAUGGCAGGCGACCACACCCAGUUGGAGUUCCACAAUGUGGAGACGGGUAUUGUGACGGAGAAGCGCUUCAUGCCUGCCGUCCCUUCCAAUUUCAUCGGCCACCUUCAGGGCCUGGCACUGAACGGCAUGCCCUACAUCGACCUGUGCAAGAACGGCGACAUCGACUACUGUGAGCUCAACGCUGUUAUCGGCUACAAGAGCAUCGUGGCUGACCCCGUCACCUUCCGAUCACGGUCCAGCUUCGUCACGCUGCCCACGCUGCAGGCCUACUACUCCAUGCAUCUCUUCAUGCAGUUCAAGACAACGUCCCCCGACGGCCUUAUUCUGUACAACAGGGGAGACGGCAAUGACUUCAUAGUGGUAGAGUUGGUUAAAGGUUACCUACACUACAUCUCUGAUCUGGGCAAUGGAGCACAUCUGAUCAAAGGCAACUCUAACAGUCCUCUGAACGAUAACCACUGGCACAACGUGCAUAUAUCCCGAGACACUAACAAUCUCCACACAGUCAAGAUUGACACCAAAGUCACCACGCAGACCACCAUGGGCGCCAAGAACCUGGACCUGAAGGGUGACCUGUACAUCGGGGGCAUCUCCAAAGAGAUGUACCGAGACCUGCCUAAGCUGGUCCACUCCCGCGAGGGAUUCCAGGGUUGCCUGGCAACAGUUGAUCUAAAUGGCCGUCUCCCUGACCUUUUGGCUGAUGCCUUGGCAACCAUGGGACAAGUAGAGAGAGGCUGCGAAGGUCCCAGCACUACAUGUCAAGAAGACUCCUGCUCAAAUCAGGGAGUUUGUUUGCAGCAGUGGGAGGGCUUCACCUGUGACUGCAGCAUGACUUCGUAUGCUGGCCCACUAUGCAAUGACGCUGGGACCACUUAUAUCUUUGGCCGUGAUGGAGGUGUGGUGGUUUACACGUGGCCUCCCAAUGAACGUCCCAGCACCAGAGCAGACCGGCUUGCCCUUGGGUUCAGCACCCAACAGAAACACGCCAUUCUGCUCCGGGUGGACAGCGCGUCUGGCCUGGGAGACUACCUUCAGCUGCAGAUAGAUAAAGGCAACAUUAGAGUAGUGUUUAAUGUCGGCACUGAUGACAUCAACAUCGAGGAGAGCUCCAAGUUUGUCAACGAUGGGAAGUACCACAUAAUACGGUUCACCCGCAGCGGAGGCAAUGCAACCCUCCAACUGGACGAUCUGCCGGUCAUAGAGCGUUAUCCCUCAGGCAACAUUGAUAACGAGCGCCUGGCCAUCGCCAGACAGCGAAUCCCCUAUCGGCUCGGUCGAGUAGUUGACGAUUGGCUACUCGACAAAGGUCGCCAGCUGACCAUCUUCAACAGCCAGACGACGGUGCGCGUGGGUGGAGGUGAGCGAAGUGCAGGUAUGUUCCAGGGUCAGCUGUCUGGCCUCUACUACAACGGCCUCCGCAUCCUCAACAUGGCCGCCGAGGGUCACCCGCACAUCAAAGUGGAGGGAAGCGCCAGACUGGUCGGUGACAUGCCGUCCUCCUCCAUCACCCCGCAGUCCAGCGCUGCAGCUGGAGGCAACCGCUCCGACUCCGCCCCCUCCAUAAGUGACAUCACGACCACCACGGCCACCAACAGGAAACAGGGCACCACACAGCAGUCGGCAGACGACCUGCUGGUGGCGUCGGCUGAGUGUCCCAGCGAUGAUGAAGACAUCGACCCCUGUGACCCCAGUUCAGCCCGUCCUCCCCUGCCGGAGGUGAAGGUGUUCCCGGGUCCGUCUGAGGUGGUGCGGGAGAGCAGCAGCACCACGGGUAUGGUGGUGGGCAUUGUGGCGGCCGCGGCCCUCUGCAUCCUCAUCCUCCUCUACGCCAUGUACAAGUAUCGUAACCGCGACGAGGGCUCCUACCACGUGGACGAGAGCCGCAACUACAUCAGCAACUCGGCCACGCAGCCCAACGGCAGCACCAAGGACAAGCCGCUGGGCAUCACCAAGAUCUCCAAGAACAAGAAGAACAAAGACAAGGAGUACUACGUCUGAGGCGGAAGACGUCCAACAACACAGACAUAUACGCAUACACCUUUAUAUAUAACGGUAUAUGUACAUAAAUAGAUAUAUUCUAAAAAAAAAAAAAAAUACACACAUACACACUGA